CCGAGAUGGAUCUUUGGAGGAGAUCGCGAUGGCCACGUCUGUGAACAGGUUGAUCGGACCGGCCCAGAAACCAAUUACCUCUGCGAUCCCAAAGGUUCCUCGAUGGAGAGCCAAUUCCCGAUCAGGCCGUCGUACUUCCGCGGGCCGCCGCUGAACGACGAGAAUCAGCGACAGCAUGUCGCGACUGCACGCGGCAUGGCGCAGUCCCUUGUCAACUUGGCGUUCAACGAACAGUGGCGGUUUGUUCCGCCCGAGAAAGACGGCGUGCAGUACAGAAAGGAUACAUCCAACAUGGAGUGCUCCUACCGCCUCAUCCGCAGCUCUGUGAUUCUCAAAUGCACGCCGACGGAAAUGGCUACGAUUAUGAACCACCAGAGUACGGAGGCCAUGCGCAGCUUCAUGCGCAAGAUCAUGGGCAAGACAUUCAUCGACGGCAUGGUCCUGUACGCGAUCACACCGUCGAUGGACAACAAUGCGACCGUCGACACCACCAUCACGGACGAAUUCGUCACUAUCAAAUGGGGGGUAUUGGACGCUGGACUGGGUGUGCGGCGCGACAUGUGCGUCAUCGACCUCGUGGGCGACACGGUUGUACCAAAUACUCCAGAAAAGGAACCUCUCCACAUGUGGUGCAUGACGUCCACCGACGGAAACAACGUCGGGUGCAUGUCUCUGAAGGACUCGCACGGCAUUGCGCGCACCGAGAUCUCGAAGCUCGGAUUCUUCUGGCACAAGUUGUCUCGGGAUGAGCUGGAAGUCGUCGUGUGCGGGAGCUUCAAGUCGAAGAACGUCAAGCCGGUGGCGAUGGGAAUCGUGACGGCGCUCCAGCGACUAGGCGACAUUCUCGAGGACCUCCGCCUGAGCUACCAGAACUACGCGGACCGGUCGACCUGGGUCAAGGACUGCGACCGCUCGGGCUGUAUACUGUGCAUGCGAACAUUCCACACGCUUCGACGAAAGCACCACUGCCGCAUGUGCGGCGACUUGAUCUGCUCCGACUGCAGCGUCGUCAAGAUCGUCAACCUGGCUGUGAUCGGGUCGUCCAAGCUCAGGCUGUGCAAAGUGUGCUGCAUCCGCGCAAAGUCAACUCCUGUCGUACCCACAUCCAUGCCGGUCUCGAUCGGCCAUGCCUUUUCGCUGGAGAAGGAGGGGCUGUCCGCCAUGGACUCGGCCCGGUCGAGGGGCUUUACCAACCAAAUGUCGUUCGAUUCAGGAUCGCCCGUGAGCCCGAGCCAACUCAGCAGCUCCGAGUACGACAAUGACGACAUGCGGAUCGACCACUUCUCCACCAAAGGCAUGUGCGGCGAGAUCAUGCGGCUGUCCAUCACGCGCCUCACUUCCGUUCCCCUGCAUGAAGACCCGCCCAAGCAACAGCAGGUGCGAGAGUCCACGGUGCUGCUCACCCCUGCAACGCCACCGCCCGUGCACAAGCGCCACAUCGAGCACAUCUCGUUGAAGCAUGCGUCCACUGGCAGCUUUAGCACAGCAACCCGCGAGAAUUCGUUCGAGUUGCUGUGUGAUUUGGCGUGCGAAGCUCUCAACUGCCCGAUCGCGGUCGUCUGUCUCCUGGACGGCCCCAACGAAAAGGUCAAGAGCUUGGUCGGCCUCGACAACAGCGCGCUCCAGAUUGAAAUUGCCACGUUUGUGGACAAGGUCAUGGGGCUGUCCCCGAUCGUGGUCCUCGAUGCCGCCGCGGACAACCUGUCCCUCGCCAUCUUCGACCGUGUGCCCGUGCUUCGGUUCUUUGCGGGGUGUCCGAUCUUUGGGCGAACGGGAAAGUACAUUGGGUACAUUUGCGUAGCAGACACCCGCAAGCGCACGCAACUCGGGUCGAGCUGCGCGUUUACGAUGGAGCGGCUUGCGUCGCUCGCAGCGACCACGAUGGAAGCGCACAACACAUCGGCUGAAGUUGUAUGUCCGGCGCCGUCCGCUUUGGGAGACUCGACCGAACUCAGGAUGCGCGAUCUCCUCCUCAAGUCGUACAUGACGCAGCAGCAGAUUGCGACGCAGAACAUCAUGCGCUAAGUGCCAACUUCUCAAUCAAUGUGCCGUCUGUUCGGG